AUGGCCACAAUACCAGUCGUUGUCAAGCACCAGGGCAAGCGCCACGAUGUCGAGCUCGACCCGGCGUCAAACGGCGAAACGUUCAAGUUCCAACUAUAUUCGCUGACCGGUGUCGAGCCGGAGAGACAGAAGAUUCUCGUCAAGGGCGGGCAGCUGAAGGAUGAUACCGAACUCUCUACACUCAAGGCCAAGCCAGGGCAGACGUUCAUGAUGAUGGGCACUCCGUCGGGAGCUGAAGGCUCGGCAGGCUUGGUGCGUCCGAAAGAAUCGGUCAAGUUUUUGGAAGAUAUGACGGAGGCGGAAGCUGCACUGGCCGAAGGCGCAACACCGGCUGGAUUACAGAACCUUGGGAACACUUGCUACCUCAACUCGACCCUGCAAACGCUCCGUGGCAUCCCAGAACUUCAGCAGGAACUUCUACAGUACAGCUCGACCGGUGCUUCUGAUGGACCCUCUGGGCUGGGCAACUUGAGUUCAUUUGGCCUUGGAGGCUUGGGGGCUUCUAUAGACAUGACAGCAUCGUUACGAGACUUGUACAAACAAAUGUCUGAAACCCAAGAAGGAUUUCCGCCACUCAUGUUCCUGAAUGCUCUUCGAAAUGCCUUCCCCCAAUUUGCUCAGAAGGCAAAAAACGGACACGGGUAUGCCCAGCAGGAUGCGGAAGAAGCUUGGUCCCAGAUUUUGACGCAGCUGCGGCAAAAGUUGAAAACCAAAGACGGCGAAGAGGACGUAUCAUUUAUCGACAAAUACAUGGCUGGGAGCUUUGAUUCCGUUCUUGAGUGCGAUGAAGGUGCUGCAAAAGAUGCCGGCGAGGAGCCCGUCAAAUCUUCGGAUGUCUUCCUAAAGCUAGACUGCCAUAUCGACAAGGAUACCAACCACUUGGUCGAUGGUAUCAAAGCUGGCCUCAAAGAAAAGAUAGAGAAACGCUCUGAAGCACUGGGCCGAGAUGCUAUCUAUACUAAAAAGUCGAGUAUAGCUCGGUUGCCCAAAUAUUUGACAGUUCACUUUGUUCGAUUCUUCUGGAAGCGCGAGACCAAGACGAAGGCUAAAAUUAUGCGCAAAGUUACCUUUCCGGCGGAGCUUGAUGUCGUUGAAUUCUGCACCGAUGAGUUGCGGAAACAACUGAUUCCCGUGAGAGACAAAGUGCGUGAGCUUCGGAAAGAUGAGGAAGAUGCCGAACGCGCGCGCAAACGGCAAAAGAUUGCUCACCGUCAGGAAGAGGAUCGCAAAGAGGAUGUCGAAUCUGGACAGUUCUCAGAGCCACUUCAGAAGAAAAAGGAGGCCGAAAACGCCAACAACAAGGAUGAUGACACUGCUAUGACUGACGUCUUCAAGUCCGACGAAGAAUACGAAGCCGAGAGGAGAGAAGCCAUCCUGAAGGCCAAGAAGGAGCUCUUCGAAUUGAUAGACCCGACACUUGCCACCGACGACGGAUCAAACCAGUCAGGCCUCUACGAGCUGCGGGGUGUUAUCACGCAUCAAGGUGCCAGUGCUGACAGCGGUCAUUAUACUGCAUAUGUCAAAAAGCAAGGACGUCUUGUCGACGACGAAAAAGCUCCCGGUGGCAAGCGACGCGAGGACGAUGGAAAAUGGUGGUGGUUCAAUGAUGACAAGGUGUCCGAGGUGGAUGCUGAGAAGAUUGAGACGUUAUCUGGCGGAGGUGAAACCCACUCGGCGCUUAUUCUCCUCUACCGAGCGAUCGACCUUCCCAGCAAAGACGAAGUGUAG